ACUUUUCGUCUCCCAAACUACUCCCACGGCAGAGUCCUGGAAGGAGAUCUACUUUUUCAGAGACGGUCCCUUUGAUGACAGAACAAUAUUAUCGUACUUUAUUUGGCAGUAGUCUAAACUUAACACAAAAGAUGACGACGAUUUACGCGUAGAGAGAGGGAUUAAACACGAGCGAGCGAGCAGGAGAGAUGGACACUGGCGUGAUGGUGGUGAUGUUAUGAGGCAACAGGAGCAGUGACCUGCUAGCCAGUUCCUCUUUCUGAAGCGCUGAGCUGAAUGUGUCAACACAGAAAAACAAGAGUUAAAGGUGACGCCCAUCUCGUGAAAACGACCUGAGGGGAACGCGUCAGGAUGUCCGACUCCGCCCCAGACGGGGAGGAGCCAAACGGCAACGGUGGUGGCCAAUCGGACGUGAGCCGUCUGCAGAGCAAGAAGCCGCCCAGCCUGACCAUCGCCGUGCCCUCACAGGAGGAGAACGAAGCAGCAGGCCCCGCCCCCAGCAAACAGCCGCUGCGUCCCUCGCUGAAGAAGAGUGUGAGCAUGCAGCAGUCAAGUGAGGCGCUGUCGGACGGCGGUGGGCCCUCGGCCAAUGAGAGGCGAGCGGCCUUCGGCAGCAGACGCCAGACCUCCCUCUCGCAGAGCAUCCGCAAGGGCACUGCUCAGUGGUUCGGCGUGGGCAGUGACUAUGAGUCGAAGCAGCAGGUGUGGCAGCGGAAGAGCCUACGCCACUGCAGCCAACGCUACGGGAAGCUCAAGCCGCAGUUCUGCCCCGACGUGCCCGACGGCAGCAGCAUGGAGAAGCUCGAGUCCCCCGCCACCUUCAAGAUGCCAAAGAUUGUGGACCCGUUGGCGCGCGGCCGGGCGUUCCGGAACCCCAGCGAGGCGGAGCGUCCCCCUCGGACGCCCUUCACGCCGCGCAUCACCUCCCUCUCCUCCUUCUCCAGCCAACGCUCCGGCUACGCGCGCCUCCCGCGCCGCAAGAGGGAGUCUGUGGCCCGUAUGAGCAUCCGGGCCGCCUCCAACCUCAUCAAGGGUAAGCCGGGUCUGCAGGGGGCAGGUCUGGCGGGCCGCGGUGUCCCGCGUCGCAGCUUCGUGCGGCCCAGCUGGCUGGAGGAGGACACCGUGGACACGGCCGACACCUCCGACUCCGUCUUCUUCAGCAAGAUGGACGCUCGAGAGGAGAUGUACUCCAUGGCGGAUGACGUGUUCGAGUCGCCCCCCAUAUCGGCGGCGUACGGCCCGGGAGUUACACCCUUUGGAGAGGGGGUGCCCACCUCCAGCCUUAAGGACAUCACCAAGACGCCGCUGGCGUAUGACAAGCUGUACCCGCAGCAGAGGAGGGGGGGCCGCAUCGCCUCGCAGGUCAAGCACUUCGCCUUCGACAAGCACAAGCGGCUCUACGGCAUGGGGGUGGUGGGCAAGUGGCUCAACAGACACUACAGACGCAGCAUCAGUAGCAACGUGCAGAAGCAGCUGGAGGACUUCCACAGCCACCGGCCUUACUUCACGUACUGGAUCACCUUCGUCCACGUGGUCAUCACCCUGCUGGCCAUCUGCACCUACGGCUUCGCGCCCGUCGGCUUCGCCCAGCGCUCCACCUCAGAGCUGGUGCUGAAAAACAAAGGGAUUUACGAGAGUGUGAAGUACACCCAGCAGGAGAACUUCUGGCUGGGACCCGGCUCAGAUGACCUGAUCCACCUGGGGGCCAAGUUCUCCCCGUGCCUGAGGCAGGACUCCCAGAUCGUGCGUCUGAUCCAGAAGGCUCGCAACCAGGAGAGGGAGACGGGCUGCUGCGUCCAGAACGACAACUCCGGCUGCGUGCAGUCACUAGAGUCAGGCUGCUCUGAAACGCUAGGAACGUUUAUAAAGUGGUCAAAUGAAGAUGUGGACGUUUUGCGGUCGUCAGGGGCGGUGUGCCAUCAGGACCCAAGGAUCUGUGAAGAGCCAGGCUCCAUCGCACCGCACGUCUGGCCUGAUGACAUCACCGCAUGGCCGAUCUGUACAAAGCGUGGUGGGCUGAACCACACUGGCCUCCGCCACAUGGACUGCAAAAUCAAAGGGCGACCCUGCUGUAUCGGCACCAAGGGCAGGUGUGAGAUUACGACGCGAGAGUAUUGCACUUUCAUGCACGGCUACUUCCAUGAGGAGGCGACACUGUGCUCACAAGUGCAGUGUUUAGAUGACGUGUGUGGCCUGCUGCCGUUCCUCAAUCCAGACGUCCCUGACCAGUUCUACAGACUCUGGCUGUCUCUCUUCCUACACGCUGGGCUCCUGCACUGCCUGGUGUCGGUGGUCUUCCAGAUGACCAUCCUGCGUGACCUUGAGAAGUUGGCCGGCUGGCAUCGCAUCUCCCUCAUCUACGUCCUCAGCGGCAUCACCGGCAACCUGGCCAGUGCACUGUUCCUGCCUUACAGAGCUGAGGUGGGUCCGGCGGGCUCGCAGUUCGGCCUGCUGGCGUGCCUGUUCGUGGAGCUGUUCCAGUGUUGGCAGAUCCUGGCCACGCCGUGGAAGGCCUUCCUGAAGCUCCUGGGCAUCGUGCUGUUCCUGUUCUUCUGCGGCCUGCUGCCCUGGAUCGACAACAUCGCCCACAUCUUCGGCUUCCUGAGCGGCCUGCUGCUCUCCUUCGCCUUCCUGCCCUACGUCACCUUCAACGCCUUCGACAAGUACCGCAAGCGGGCGCUCAUCAUCGUCUCGCUGCUGGCCUACGCCGGCCUCUUCUCCUCGCUCAUCGUCUGGUUCUACAUCUACCCCAUCAACUGGACCUGGCUGGAGCACCUCACCUGCCUGCCCUUCACCAGCAAGUUCUGCGAGCGCUACGACAUCGACCACGUGGUGCACUGAUGAUGCACGACGCAAAGAGAGAAAAGGAGAUGGAGAAGGGGACAUCGACCAUGUAGUGCACUGAUCUAUGCACGACGCAUAGACAGAGACAGAGAGACAUCGACCACAUGGUGCACUAAUGCAUGCAGAGAGAGACAGAGACGGAGAGAGAAACAGAGCGAGAGAAGGAUGCAUCAAGUAAUAGGACAUCGAUCAUAUCGUGCACUGAUGCAUGCAGAGAGAGAGAAAGAGCCAAGGAUGGAUGUAUCAGGUACUAUGACAUUGACCAUUUGCCACAUUGAUGCAGAGGGAGGAGACUUUAAGAGACUUUUAAGUUCUUUGAGUGGUAUGACAUUGACCAUGUGUUGUUUCAUUGACUGAUGCAGAGAGCAAGAAAGAGGUGAAUCAAGGUGCGAGGAGGACAUGAACCACACGGUACAUGGAUGGGAGAGAGAGACAGAGAUGGGCGAGUGCCCACAUCUCCAAUCCCUCCCUCCACAAACCACAUGGAUAUUUGAAAGGCCUGAGGGAGGGUGGGAUGUUAACGAGGGAGGGGGCAAAUGCACCACUUCAUGUCUGGAGAACUCGGUCUGCCUCUUCUGACUUCCAUACACUCUCGACCGAGAGAUGGUAGUUACCUGCAUCGGCUUGUCUUCGGGAUUCAGUAAACGCACACCGUGUGAGGUGCGCACGGCGGACAAUUGGGUUCAACUUGAUGAAAAGAAUGGUCGUCGCGCACUCGGAACUUCAUGCAGUUACAUUUAAUAAGACCCUGAUGAAGGCGUAAGCCGAAACGUUGGUCUUAUUAAAUGUAACGGCAUGAAGUUCCGAGUGUGCGACGACCAUUCUUUUCAUCAAGUCACCUGCAUGGGGAAAAGAAAACUUGCAUAUUCCGUUCCGUACACCCGCAACACUUGAUGAAGACACUGGGCUCGUUUACAUGAGAUAGUAUUUAAUUCAGAAUUAACUCAAUUUAAUUCUGCAUAAAACUUAAUUCCGCUUUGAAAACAUUAUGUAAACACUUAACGAUUCAGAAGGAAAUGAAAGUGCAACGUAAACUUGACGAGCUAUUUUAUUCUGAAUGAUUAAUUUGGAGCUAAAAACAUCAUGUAAACAUGGCCGCUGUGUACAAGUCAAGCCACUUCCUCCCGUCCUCUCUUGUGGUCCCAAGCCACUUCCUCCUUUCAUGUGGCCCCCUGUUCUUGUGACACAAGGAUUUUACUUCAUUGAUGAUGGAAUUUUUCAUCCAACAUCUUACAAAAAACACAUUUCACAGGUCCUUGGGUUCCCUCACUUGCAGUUUAGAUGUUGCAUGGGAGGAAAUAUCUCAAAACGUUCUACCGGAAUGUGCUGAUUGACAGCAGGGAAACCGGUAACGCUUUACUUUACGGUACAGUAAUUGCUGUGUACUUUCGGGGUAACAACAGGGUAACAGAGAGAAGUUACAUGGUAUCUAACAGGUGAAAAGGGGGUAAUUACAAAGUAAAUACUAUAUAAUACACAUAUCUCAAUAAUUACUAGAAACUACUGUGUAUUUUCUAACCAUCUAAUCAUCAAACUUCUCUCUGUUACCCUGUUGUUACCCAAUUAAUGGUAUUUACUUUGUAAUUACCCCCUUUUUACCCUUUAGAUACUAUGUAACUUCUCUCUGUUACCCUGUUGUUACCCAGAAAGUACUCCGUAAUUACAUAUGGUAACUGUACCGUAAAGUAAAGCGUUACCGGGAAACCUAAUAGUAUUCUCCAUGAAGGAGGACAACACAGAGGAAAGAGAACAGGAGGAUCAGGAAAGGAUUGGGGGGGGGGGGGUAGUUUGACCAGAACUCAUUGGGACAGGAAAGGGUAUUGGACCACUCACCAUUUACGCACAUUUCAGUUUUGUAACGUGAAAGAAAAUCUUGAAUUUGUUUUUUUUUUUUCAAGCAAGGGCUCCGUAGUAGAGCAGCUCUGAGGCCUUACUCUCCGUAUAAGCCAUAACUGAUUCAGGAUAUACAGGUACCAAGCAAUCGGACUCACACAGAAUGUUUAAAACAUCUUCAUUUGGCAUAUCCACUCACACAGCCUGAUGACCGAAUUCUACAGUCACCAUUUCUCUCUCACCGAUUUGUGUCAAUUAAUUUAAUGCCAUGAACAAUGUGGUAUAUUUUUUUACAGAUAAAAUUCAUCAAGUGCACUGACUGUUUUUUAUAUGAUAUGAUAAGUGAUUUCAACAACGCCUUCCUGAGGUCAUUUCUGUUGUCUCAGGUACUUCCACAGUGGAGUGUAAGUAAUUGAUACUGCUCUUUUUUUUCUCAGACUGUAAUCGCCCACCACAUUUCCAUAUCAAAGGGGACAUAUCUCUUGUGUUUUGUCCAAUCGCACAUUUCAUUCGCCUUUUCUGUAGAGUGCAUACUGUCGACUUGAACGGGACGUUCUUUCAGUUGUUUAAAGAGAUGCCAAGCUGGUCAAACUCCUGUAAUGUACAGGAAGUGCUGACUGAAUGCUUUUUUUUUUUUUACAUUACAUUACAUUACACUUUGCUGACGCUUUCAUUUAUUCAAAGUGACUUACAACUAUUAUUUUUCAAGGUAUUGGUAACAGUCCCUGGAGCAAUGUGGGGUUAGGUGCCUUGCUCAAGGGCACUUCAGCCAUGGGCAGAGAUGUAGGGAGAGGUCAGGGGGGAUUCCAACCUGCAAUCCCUAGAUUGAAAGACCAACUCUCUAACCACUAGGCCACGGCUGCCCUGCAUGAACUGUGCCUUUGAGGUUGGCCGUUGUCCACAGCACCGUGCCUCUCUAUCUGUAUUGAUGUGUCGCUCUGUGCCCCUGUCUGUCUGUCUGUCUGUCUGCCUGUCUCUUUGUCUCCUUCUAUCGGUCUCUCUGCCUGCCUGUCUCUUCUUCUAUCUUUGUUUUUUCCACACGUAUAGUACACAUGUAAUAGACACACGUUCAGACUCGCACUCAAAACACGAGGCACACACUCAAGCGCCAUGUGGCACAUGCGGCCACCCCCUGGGUUGUUCUGGGCAGGACAAAACAAAUCAGCCAUAUAGUUGUCCAGUGACCAGCCAGCCUUGUUUCCCGUUGUGCUGCCCGUGCUGGGAUUAGGACCGAUCUUCGCCGUAGAUAUAACUGCCCAGUGCCAGCUUUGGUUCCCGUUGUGCGGUGCUGGGAUUAGAACCGAUCUUCGCCUCGGUUGGUGAGUGAGCGUCUCGUCUGCUUUAUCCACUGUGAAAGGAUGACUGUGAAAAUGGAUUAUGGCCUAAUUUGAGAACUCUCGGUGUGGUGGAUUUGUGUAAUCACCACCAACCCCACCUCCCACCUCCCUCCUCCUGCUUGUUUUUAUGUAUUUCAUCCGGGAAUCGUACUUAAGGGAUGACUCAGAAUGUUAAAGAAUCGACAUUUAAAAAUACGAGUCGUUAUUUAUCCCCUCCAAUCAGGAAAAUUCAGUGAGAGUGAAACGUUGCAGUGUUGUUUUUUUCCCCUUGCCAAGUUCCAGGCAUUGACUUGUUUUUGUGAGAUACCUUCACCUCAAUAUAUAGGCCGUUGAUUUUAAGGAUGCAGUGUGCCUUUUUUUUUUUUAAGCAAAAAAUAUCUUGGUCUAUGUUUGACUACAUUUUAUUGUGAAUGCCUUCAUUUCUAUUAAUACUAAUAACAACCUGUACAGAUGGGACGGGACCAAAUAGAUAUCAAUUAUUUAAAUAAAUAAAAGGGAAACUGUAAAAAAUGAUGUACCGUACUGAUGUAUUGAAAUAUGUUUGUUGUGUUUUACAUGAUAUGUGUCAUAUUAAAAAAAAUGUUUAUUUUGUUGAAAUAAAUCUACAUACAUUCA